CAUAGGGCCACUUGAGACUGAUCAAGGCUCACGAUCCAGGCUACCACGCAACAUCGAAGGCAAAGGGACUUGCCGUACAACUCAACGCAGGCAGGGUUUGCUGCCUACCGGAGAAAAAGAAGUCAGUUGACCACCCACUGCGCUCUUCCUACUGGCUGCUGCUCCACGCCUUUUAAACUUCUCGCCUCGGUUCCCGAGGAGCCAUGUCGUCAACUGAUUGAUUGUAUUUGUUGAGCAGCCGUCAAUUUUUUAUUUGCUGCAGGUCCGCCUUGAAACUACGUGGCAUUGAGGUCUUUCCACACCAACUAGCAAAAAGACCGCCCCUUGCUCCAAACGACGUCAACGUUUUCGUGAGUCUUGCUACCAGAUUCCGGGGCAGAGGGAGUGAGUGGUGUGAUGCCAAUCGGAAAGACCCAUCACCUCGUCACAGUUUGCAUAUAAAUCUGGCUGGUUUGCAUUGGCCCUGCGCCUCCCGGUCCCGUUUUGUCGCAAAAAAAAAGCCAUAUUCUACCUCAGGUGAACACUCAUCCUACUUCAAAAUGUGUAUCGCAAUAAUCUCCACCGCACACCCUUCCUAUCGACUCAUCCUCAUCGACAACCGGGACGAAUAUCUAAACCGACCCACCGAUAUUGCCGGAUGGUGGCCAGAUCCUCACUCCCACGUUCUCGGAGGCCGGGAUAUGCUGCGCGAAAUCCACGGGACAUGGCUCGGAGUGACGAGAACAGGCAAGGUUGCGGUCCUCACCAACUUCAAGGAGGACGUUACGCCGCCUCCAACCGCCGUCAGCCGUGGCGCCAUCAUCAAAAAGUUCUUGUCUGAGGAUGUCGGUCCCGUGGAAGAGUUUGUCAAAGACGUUGUCAAUACCGGCGUUGCUAAGGACGCCGGUGGAUUCAGUCUUGUCUGUGGUCACAUAGGCGAGAAGCUCGCUGUCAUCUCCAACCGGGCUGAACACCAGAGUCAAGUUCCUUGGAUAGCAGGGGACGUGGUGCACACUGUUGGCCUCAGUAAUGCCGAUUUCUCGGACCGAUCGUGGAAGAAGGUCACCUUGGGCGAAGAGCUCAUGUUGAACACGAUCCGCCAGAGCGUCGAAAACGAAGAAACAGAAGACCAGCUGAUAGGAAGGUUUCUCGAUCUGCUGAGCCACGAAACCCUUCCUCGAAACGGCGAACCAGAAGGGUCCGGUCUGGAGACGUAUAUUCCAGCCCUAAGAAACACCAUCUACGUGCCAACUCUGGGACGAAAAGACAUGAGUCAUCACCUUGCAGACGACGAGAUCGCCGCCGCCAAAAGACACGAGAAGGUCGACAUUGUAGGCCACAACACCCCGGUCCGGCGCCAUUCCCCCUCAAUCAACCCCCCCUUCCGGGCUCAUCAACUAGGCGUCAGUGGACUGUACGGGACGCAAAAGCAGACCGUCGUGCUUGCUGAUCAAGACAUGAAUGUUCGGUUUUUCGAAAGGACGCUCUUCGAUGAAGAGUCCAACCCGAUUCCGUUCGGCGAGGGUGACGUGGACGUGAGAUUCAAGAUCGAAAUGCCGUCGAGCUGACGACGCCGCUGCGGCAGCGGGGGCAUCGGCUGGAUUUUGGGCUAUUUUUGACAGGGGACUGUAGAGAAUCUGGAAAUACUCUUGGGGGCUGCAUUUAUGGGUGGACUAUAAAAGGCACCAAGCAUGCGGAGUUUCUCAAUGUCAACAAGCUACGUAGAUUGCAUCACUCCCGCUUCACAAGGAGCUGAAGGAAACGGACAGAACUGUAAGGCGACCAUCAGACGAUAUGUAAUAGUCAUGUCAGCUUGUACAGCAGACCUGCCUGAUAUGAGCCAUGCGGAAGAGUGCUGAAUUUCGACUGCUCAUGGAUUAACUGUAUGUAUACCCCGUUACAGGCACACUCGCUGGUCGGUCGAGAGGCGAGGAGGGAUUUCCUGAUAAGUACCUCGAUACCUUGAUGCAGGCAAAGGGGUUGCGACGUCCUGUUAGAGAAUCCUCGGCACAGGUACAGCCGCCUGCUGAUUGGCUGCAGCUGAGGCCCGAAGGAACCGCGAGCUGAUUGGUCGGAGCACAGCCUUGACAGAAACCU